UCGGGGUUUUGUUUUAUCGCCUCAGCCUUCCCCUCUGCUCUUAUCUGUUUUGGGUCUUAUCAAACGGUUAUCUCUUUUGCUGUGGAGACAUAUUGCGUUUUGUUUCCUAUCUCUUAUGUGUGUGUGUGUGUGUGUUUACUUGUGUGUGUGGGAGGACAGAGAUUUGACUUGGACGGACCCAGCGCCUCUUAAAAAAGCGCUUGAUGAGAGUAUGGCAGACACAGUGGAGUGAAUGUUUGACUGGAGUCACAGAUGAGAAAGAGUCGGUGAACAGGCCGAAACAUUUAAAUUCAGAUUAAUAGCUUAGGGCCUUUCUAGUGAUCAUGUCAGCUUUACUUUAAAAUAUGAAAACGCGCUGCGCAUAAGGAAUUGAUUUGCAUUUUCAUGUCUUCCUAUCCAGAUGUUUUUGGGAACACAUGCGUAAAACUUACCAUGCGUAAAACGUAUCUUCUUCCUGCUAUCCUAACGGUUGAAACCUUGUGUUAUCACAGGGUAGACUACUCCCUGACGAUCUUUUAUUAACCUCUAUACGGUGUAUGGAAAGUGCUCCUGGAUGGACCUGGGCGAAAACAGCUGGUCCAUGGUCAAGCGAGAAGUUUCCAGCAGCCCAGGCUCGCCGGCUGAGCAGACCUACCUGACGGGAGACAGCAGGAGAGACGGCCCCGCCUCGGAUGAGCUGAGGACUCCUCCGAGCGACCUAGACGCACUGGGGCACCGCCGCUCGGACGGCAGAUCUCUACACUCCUACGUUCACUUCGGACAUCACAACAGCCUGAGCGCUGCAGAGGACAUUCCGCUGUUUACGGAUUUAGACCAGGGCAGCAAACUGGUCCUCUCUGGCGGAGCGCAUAAGGCGAGCCUGCUGGUGGACCCAAGCGACAUGUACCAAACACUGGCCAUCGCCGCGGCCCAGAGCCAGACUGGAUAUGAUUCCUCCUCUGGUGGUUAUAUGCACUCCAACCCAAACUCCCCCGUGUACGUGCCCAGCUCCCGCGUGGGGCCCAUGAUACCCAGCCUCUCCUACUUGCAGGCCAACGGCUCCGCACAACCAAGCCAUGCUGUCUCCAGCCACUCGGUGUGGUCUCAGUCCACCCCGGAGAGCCCUUCAUACAGCACAGGGAGUCCCCACGCCUCAAGCCGGUUCCACUACCCUCCGAGCCCGCCUAUGAAUAACGGGACUCCCCGGGACAGCGGGUACAGCAACACGCUGAAUGUGAGCAGCAGAGACCAGUAUGGCCUCUCUCGGUCCCUCGGCGGGACUUAUGCGAGUCCCUACUCUCCUUAUGUUGCACCGCAGCUCUCCCAGCUGGCCUCGCCCUGGAACGGGGGACCUUUUGAUAACACCAUGCUGCACACCUUGCAGAGCAGGGGAGCUCCUCUGAUCAGAGGACCAAACGGAGUUUCAGACAUACUCGAUGACAUGGGAGAGAGCAGAGAGUGCGUAAACUGCGGCUCCAUCUCCACGCCGCUGUGGAGGCGCGACGGCACGGGCCACUUUCUCUGCAACGCCUGCGGCCUUUACAGCAAAAUGAAUGGGCUUAGCCGGCCAUUAAUUAAACCACAGAAACGGACGUCGACGUCCAGAAGAAUCGGUCUGUCCUGCGCGAACUGUCAAACCAGCACAACCACUUUGUGGCGCAGAAACGCAGAGGGAGAGCCGGUGUGUAACGCAUGUGGGCUUUACACGAAAUUACACGGGGUACCUCGGCCGCUCGCCAUGAAGAAAGAGGGAAUCCAGACAAGGAAAAGAAAACCCAAAACGUUGAAUAAAGCAAAGGGGUCCUCUGGAAAUAACAACUCUGUCUCUAUGACUCCCACAUCCACAUCUUCAUCUAAUUCUGAAGACUGCUCGAAAACCAGCUCUCCAUCUGGACAGGUGUCAGGGGUCAGUUCGUCUGUGCUGUCCAGCUCAGGGGAGGGAACAGGAUCAGGCUCAGCGGUGAAGUACGCAGGACAGGACAGCCUGUACACCAGCGUGGCUCUGACCCAGCCUUCAGACGUGGCUGCAGUGAGAGGGGAACCCUGGUGUCCCAUGGCCUUAGCCUGAGCACAUUCAUCUUUGAGAGGACAGAAAUCCCUGAUCCCCUGUCUGUCCAUCCAUCUGUCAGUCUGGAUGCUUUGUAGUGUGGAAGUAUUCAGGGGAGACGUUUGACUCCUUCCCUGCAGCUGAUUCAAGAAGAGAUGGACACGAUGGAAAAGAAGCGAGAUGCGAGUGUGGAAUAGCUGGAUUUAGUUUCCAGGCCGGUGUGGGAAAAACAAAGGGAAUAGUGAGGCUAAAAGAUCAAUCAGAUGGCCCGCUUUGGAUGGUUUCUGGACCCUGCCAUGAACUUGAUAUCUCUCCCAUCCAUGGCACAGAACCACAUCUUUCUUCUUCAAAAUAAAGCCAUCAUUGUACAUAACAGAUUUCCACUCUGAAGCUGCUGAUUGGAUACCACAGCUUCCCAAAGCGCUGUAUUCUUUAAGGACAUUUAGACUUUUCUUUAGUUUUCUUUCCACAACUGGAAUCAUGCCACAAGUGCCGAGACAACUUUUAUGAAUCAAAAGUUUAAAAAAAUAUUUAUAAAUCUUCCAUUGUUGAAAACAUGGCUAUGAUUGUUAAUAAAGAUAUCAUUAUAGAGUAGAAGUCUAACCAUUCUGAUGUCGUUUUUUCUAUUUUUUUUUUCUUUAUUAGUGGCUGUUUUACAUACAGGAGUGUUGAAUGUGCACAUGUUUUUCACUGAAAGCUCUUACUGUAUUUGACUGAAACUAGCUUGGUUUAAACAGGGUAUAAAAGACUAUGACAUCUAGUGGUUUUGUUUAAUUAUUUCCUGAAGAAAAUGCAAAUUAUCAACCCCCUUAAACUUGUUUUUGAUGAAAUUAUGUUGUCAGCGGCAUUGUGGUACUCCUCUCAAUGCAGAGCUUCAAAUUCAUGUAAAGCAGUUGGAUGGUAUGUUUGAACAAAGCACGCCCAGAAUAGCAGUGAGUCUACUGACCUUUACAUUACAAGACACAUUCUACAGAAGAAGGCUGCGUGCUGCACUACCUGACUCACUAUAAACUCUGUACCUGUCACACUGUAAAUGUGUACUGUUGCAUCAUUUUUAUGUCAGGAUUAGAGCAAAGAGUGAGGUCACCUGUGAACAACUGCAUGAUGACUUUGACUCAGGCAUCAGAAGAAGUCAGUGAUGACUUGCUAGUUUUAUAUGAUGAGGUUUUAGUUGGUUGACUGAUUUGUUGUUCAAAUAGGCAAGUGGUUAAGAUGGCUGCUGUCAGACUGAAACCUCUUAUCUCCAAAACUACAGCCUCUCAGGAAAUAAAAAAAACCUGGGAUUUUUAAAUAACAAAACACUUAAAGGGAUUUAGUCACAAACUCUUUUUUCCUAGGCUGAAAUUUUGAAAUGCCCACUGACACUAAGGGACUAAGGGAGACCAAAAAUAUUCAUUUUUGAGAAAAAAAAAAUAGAGAUACAAGGUUUCUGCCUGACAGCAGCGGUAUGUCAAUGCAACCUUUUCAUGAAAUUUAAAUCUAAUUUUGAGUUUAUUUUGAAUUCACAGCUGCAUGGUUGCUACUCCAUGUCAACAUUUGAGGAUAUGUCUCAUUUUAAAAACUGUUUGUCUCCUUCAGCAGAGGUAUGGUAUGAGUGGAGGCUCAAAAAGCUAGGUCGAGCCACAAAGCGAUUAUGGUGGCAUUUUGAAGCUAAAAAAACCUGAGGAGUUGCAAGUGAAACUUGAUGAAAGAGGUUCCUUUCUUCUUUCAAUUUAUUUUUCAUUUUUCAUUUUUCACAAAUUGCUUCAUCCAAAAAUGAACAUGAAAUUUAUUCUUCCGGAUUUAUUUAUUCCUUAAAAAGCGUGUUGAUUUUUCUUUGUUAUUUUAUUCCAAUCCUGUCCAAUAAAUUGUUAAGAUGAUGCAAAUCAUGUAAAAGUUGCCCUGUUUAAAGAAAAAAAGCAGUUUAUUUAAGCUGUAAAAAGGCCAAUAUUCCUGCAACACUCAUUACAUUAAGAUGUUUUUGCAGUAGGCAAUCACUGUCAUGCUCUUCAUCCCUGUUCUUCCUUUUAUUUCAGAUGUUUUCAUGAUUGGGAUAAAUGGCAUUAAAAAAAGGAUCCAAACCAGCAAAUGCAAGGCAGGGAUUAACACAGAGGACAAAAGGUAUUCAGAUAUCUGACCUGAAUGCAUCAAAAACUGCAUCUCAUACCAAACUCUAUGCUCCCAGAUUCUCAGAUUUUCCGGGGUGGCUCUCUCCCACAUUCUGCUUAUGUUUCAUUAAAGCAGGCCUUUUUUCAUCCUGACAGCUUUUUUACUUAAGAGUUUUUCGUUUCUGCCGGCCCCCUGAAGGCUCAAAAGCAUGAUCCACUUUCUUCUGUCCUCUUGAACCAGCAGCUCAAAGUACCUGUCACAAUGUUUACUGUACUGAAGCGAAUAUGGCCUGUGAGUAAUAGCACAUGAAAAGAUCUUAGAGAUGGUUAAGAUUUAUGUCUGGGCUUAGCGUUAUCUGUCUGCUUUUUGACGUAUUGAUUUAGCCGAGUUUAUUGAGUGUGGAGGAAUGUGCUACACUGCACAACAGCCACAUUGAGGGCACUCAUUUUCAUCUUUUUAAGAAAUAAAAUGAAACUUUUCAUCAUUUUGAAAACCAAA